UGAAGUUUUGUCAGUUCACUUCUUCAAAAAUAUUUUUAAAGUGAUGACACGACCAGAAAUUCUACACAACAUUGUUUUAUGAUCGCUGUCUUCCCUACGUUUCCUACUGUUGUGCAAUCACCCAUCUGUUAAUUUCAUGUCUAGGUAGAGAUUGUUUAGUUUAAUAUGAACUAUGAAAAGUAGAGCUAGAGGAACUAAAAAUACCUUUAGGAUGGGUACAGAUAAGAAUAAUAUCUCUUUAGAAAUGGAGGAAAAGAAACUUGAGAAAGAUGACCGGCUCUCCAAACGCCUUUGUUACAUCCUUAGAUAUGGUGCCUUAAAAGAGGGGCUCAAAUUGUAUUGUGGAGAUUUUGUGGAGCUAGAUCAGCUUCUGGAUUUGGAGUUAAUGAGACACAACUCAAAAGAAGAAGUGAUUCACAAAGUAGAUAUCUCCCUGUCUCACAGGAAUGCCAAGAGAUUCGAACGGAAGGAGGAGAACGGAAAGAUCUACGUCAGGGCAUGCUUCUGUAGGAACUUUGAGGAGAACCCCUGCCAUGAAGGGUCCAGUGUGCCCAGGCUUACAGAAUCCUGUCUACAGUACAUCUGUACUAACCUUAAUGAUUAUGACCUUGAAGACUUUCCAGAUGAGCACCUAGUUAGUAAGAUGAUUCAGAAGAUGAAGAAACAGAGCAAGUUAAACAGUGCAGCAUUGAGACAGCUCCUGGUUCCAGUUCUGGAACAUCUGGAUUUGUCUGGAGUCUACGUUACUGAGAGCACACUUAGACUGGUGUGGAGGAACUGUCCAAACCUCCGGGUACUCAGUCUAAAGGAUUGUGGGUAUUUAAUGACGGACAGUAUCAUGGAGCAACUAGUCAAGAAACUACCUCAUCUGGAGUCACUAAGUCUGUGUGCCUGUAAACACUUGACAGAUAGAGCUGCCAAAGCUCUGUCUAAACACGCCAAAAACCUCAGGGAACUGAACCUCAGCUGGAUCUCGACAAUCUCGGAGGCGGCCAUCAUAGAUCUCAUGACAAACUGUUCACAGCUUGUGUUCCUAGACAUCUACGAUCACAAAAUAUCACAAGACGGUAGGAGUGUUAUAGCUGAUAUAGCAAGACAGCGUAAAAUGAAAAUUGUGUUGAAAGGUUUGACAGACCUUGAGAUAGCUCCAGAGAAUCCCUGCUCCUUGCUGCCAAACUUUGGAAAAGUGUGGUGAAAUGUGAUCAGUUGCUGCUUUAAUUAUACUGGACCCUGUGUUACACUGUGAUACAUUGCCAAGUCUAUCUUUUGAUGAUCAAAUUUUUUUUUUGAAAAAUGUGACUUUGUGGUAUAUCUUUUUUUGGAAAACUUAUGGUUAAUAAUAAUUUCCAUAUGUGUUAUGAAGAUUUUCUUAUUUGCUCAUAGAACCUGUGAUAUUUUGCUCAGUAUCACUAUGUUCAUGUACUAGGUUUGAUUCGAAAACAGAGUAUUUGCUACUGUUUGGUCAUGAAGGACGCAUUUCAUAUUUAAAAAGCAUACAUAUCAACAGUUAAUAAUGAAUCCAUUCUUGUUUAAUUUUUUUUUUAGAUUUUGCUCAUUUAUUUUAUAAUUCUUCUUGUUAAUAGGUGGAAUGUACAAGUAAAAUAUGUCAUAUUGCUUUAAACCUAAAUAACACACAAUAUGAGUACAAUGUAUAUGGUUUUUUUGCUUUAAGGGAAUCAAGUUUAUUAAAACAAUUAAUUUACACAUCAUUUUUCUGAAUAUUUAUUAAGCAGUACAGAAUGAAAGCUUUAGUUUGUAUUAUUGUCUGUCUGAUCCCUUGUACUGCUGUAUGUCUCUCAGCCAGGUGAAUGAUGAUUGU